AUGGCCAAACAAGCAGAGGACACGAGCCUGGAUCCGACGGCCUCAUACGUCAGUAUCUCGUGCUUCGAUCUCCUCCUCAUCGAACUGGUCCCUCUCGCCGAGCGCAUGGCUCGUGACUACGAAGCCUCGCUCGAUCGCCCAAGCCUAGUCAAUCGAGUGUCUAGAACCACGAAUGCGGCAUCUACGACGGGAGGUGGGCUGCCCUUCAUGGCGGGCGAUGGACAGCCGGAGACUGCGCUUUUCAAAGAGACCGUACACUACAGACUGGAGAGCCUGGGCUUUCGCGUGGGAAUGGGUUUGAGCGAGCGCUUCUCGAGGGAUCGGCCGCGAUUCACGGAUCAACUCGACGUGAUCAAGUUUCUGUGCAAGGAUCUGUGGCUGGUCGUCUUCAAAAAGCAGAUCGAUAAUCUCAAGACAAAUCAUAGAGUCAGUCCGGGUAUCGGAAACUGA